AUGUCGACAUCGUAUCUAUCUAUCUAUCUAUCUAUCUAUCUAUCUGAUUUGUUCAUCUAUCUAUCUAUCUAUCUAUCUAUCUAUCUAUCUAUCUAUCUAUUUGAGUUUGUUUAUCUAUCUAUCUGUCUGAGUUUGUUCAUCUAUCUAUCUAUCUAUCUAUCUAUCUAUCUAUCUAUCUAUCUAUCUACAAUUCUUCUUUCUUUCACUUGUCCUUCCGCUCCAUGUAGCAUAUCUCUCACUCUCUUUCCUUCUUACUUUUGUCAGUUCUUCUGUCCUUCCCCCUUCUCAUCGCCUAUCUCUUUCUUCUACAUCUCUCAUCGACUUCUCCUCGUCUAUUAUCUUCUAUCUGUCUCUCCUCUUCCAUCUCUACUAAAGUUAUCGACCUUAUUUCGUUUUUCUGUCCUUUUUCAGUAUGCCUCCUUCUUUUUGGUCUCUCUCUCGCGUCCUUUCUCUUCCCUAUAUUUAUUCCUUUUCCAAAUAGCUUCUCUCCAACACUCUCUUUGUUUCUUUUAUGCGCACCUUUUUAUUAGUCAUUUUCCAAAAUGUCUAUCUUUUCUUAUUUUCAUCUUCAUUUUUGGUUGUUUUCUUCCACCCACUUUACACACUUACUUUUUUUUUUUAUUUCAUUCUUUCCUUCUUUUGUAUUUCAUUCUUUCCUUCUUUUUUAUUUCCCUCAUUCCUUCUUUUUUAUUUAACUCUUUCCUUCUUUUUUAUUUCAUUCUUUCCUUCUUUUGUAUUUCAUUCUUUCCUUCUUUUUUAUUUCCCUCAUUCCUUCUUUUUUAUUUAACUCUUUCCUCCUUUUUUAUUUCACUCUUUCCUCUUUUUUUAUUUCCCUCAUUCCUUCUUUUUUAUUUAACUCUUUCCUUCUUUUUUAUUUCAUUCUUUCCUUCUUUUUUGACUCUUUCCUUCUUUUUUAUUUCAUUUUUUCCUUCUUUUUUAUUUUAA